AUGAGUCCUUUCAAGGCAUUGUAUAGGUAUGAGCCUCCACAUCUUACUUUUUCCUCUACAUUUACUUCAUCUGUUGCUGCUGUGAAAGAGUACCUACAAAAAAGAGAUGGAGUUCUGAAUCUCUCAAGAGAAAAUCUUCAUAAGGCUCAGGAAAGGAUGAAGCCAUAUGCUGAUACUAAGAGAGUGGAUAGAAACUUUGAUGUGGGUGACAUGGUAUACUUAAAAUUACAUCCUUAUAAACAGUCAUCCAUUGCCCUGAGAAAGAAUGUCAAAAUUUCUGCCAAAUACUAUGUCCCUUUCACAGUUCUACAGAAGAUUGGAGUUGUUGCUUAUAAGCUGCAAUUACCUCUCAGCUCAAGGAUUCACCCAGUUUUCCAUGUGUCACAACUCAAGAAGAAGAUUGGCACAACCCACACUACUUCUCCAUAUCUUCCAUUUGUUGACCAUGAGGGCCAAACUGUUCUCCAUCCUGCUGCAAUUUCAGACUCAAGAACUAUUUCAAGGAAAGAUCGACAGGUUGAACAGAUGCUCAUCCAAUGGACCAAUGCUUCUGCAGAAAAUGCUACCUGGAAAGACUCUGCAAAUGUCCAUGCUCAUUUUCCAGAUUUCAAUCCUUGA